GAUUUAGUUCAAGUUAAACUUGAUAACUAGUUAGUUAUUUGUUAGUGUGUCUAAGUAGAAUUAGCUAAUAGAUUAUAUUUAUUUUGUUAAUAUAAAAUGUUACCGCGAUAUGACGUCGGUAGUGCGGUUUCUUUGCAGAGAGUCCCGUUGCAAGCACCGCCGAGAAGAAAAAGUAAAAUAAUGGUGAUGAACCAAAAACAUGACUCGGGAAACGAUCUCGCGGAUAUACAGAGUCCGAAUUCAACGAUAACGAGUGUGAACAGUAUUAGCAGUUUACUGAAAGAAAAAUUACAAUUAUCGAUACCUCAGGCGCUGCGCAGUAGCAAAAAACGUCAGAAUGAUGAUUACAGACUACGAGCUUUUGUGGGAUUUUUGUUUUUGUGUGUGAUAUUUUUGGUGGGUUUUGCACAUAUUUAUUACACGCAAAAUGUCCUACAACGCGCUUACUUUCAAAAGUUCAGGCUUAACAAAAACGACCGCUCGCUUCACGUGUACAGUAACACGGGUACGGAAAUAGUGUCAGCAAAAUUAGGGAUUGGAAUUCCUGAAAACACUGGCGUGUUUCCCUGUCUCCCGAACCACCAAAGAGCAGAUUCUAUAUGUUUAGAAUAUUUACACUAUUCCCGACUCUACUUGUCACACAGCCAACGGGAGUCAAUGCACUGCUACCACCUGACCUGGCAGAGUCUAAACUCACAGUUCAACCCCACGGACUGUUUCGACUGGUCUCUGCGUCGCGGGCACUGGUACGGUGGCGGUCAAAUUCAAAACAUGGCCUACCCCUUAGAUUCCGGGAAACUUGACCUAUCGGCUUUCAUAACCGGGGACAUACGCCGCCAUCCCUUCGGGAACGUCCUCAAACGAUACUUCCUAAACUCAAAAGGUGCCACCAUAAUCAUAGACCCCGAAUCGCCUCUCUACAUUUCAAUAAACGCCAACAAGACCAAAGAAUUCUGUCUCCAGGCAAAACACGACGAGUUUGCUUACAUAAACCACCUGACUCCUCUGCCCCAACUUAAAUAUUCCAUCUGCGCAGCUGACAACAUCACAUAUCUCCAUUCAUUGAUGGCCGAAAAAUCACUCUGGGACGGCCUCAAACCCGAUGAACUCCAAGCAGUCGACGUUCUUCUCUCAGAACCAAUUUGGCAAAUUUCUCCGACCAAUGAAGCUGCGAUCUACAACUACACCGAAGACGUAAUUGCUCUAGGGUUCCUUCGCCAAGGGCACGUAUUGCUCAGCGAAGAGUGGCAAUCUAGUCCAGGUGACUUUGUUCUCGACGAAAAUCGCUUUCCUUCAAUGGAAGAGACCAUCAACAUAAUCCGCCGUCGCGGGUUCCAAGUUGUCUUCACAAUUCAGCCGUUCAUAUCCACAGAAUCAGUUAAUUUCAAAGACGCCAUAGCGAACCGUUUGUUGAUAUCCGAAAGGGGAAGCGAUCCGCGAAUUCCCGCAUUGACUCGCUAUCACAAAAGCAACAGUGCCGGUGUCCUGGACAUCACCAACAACAAAACGCUGCCUUGGUUACUAAAGAAAUUGGAGGAUCUCAAGAACAAAUAUCACAUCCAAUCAUUUUAUCUUGAUCUGGGAACGGCCCAUGACAUGCCGCAUUACUACAAAUGUGAGCAGCCUCUGAGAAAUCCUGAUCACUACAAAACUCUUUUUACUAAAGCGAUAGUCGGUUCGGUUCCUGUGUUGGGAGUCUCGGGCGCUAUUUUGCGGCCCAAAGCCCCAGUCUUUGUAAGCUUACCCCCAUUUCCUUCAUCUUGGAAGGCCAUAAAAACGGUAAUUCCGACAAUUCUGAGUUACGGAAUGAUCGGGUUCCCUUUCAUUAUGCCCGGAGCUGUUGGGGGAGAUGUUGCACUUCCUAUGUCUGAUAAUAAUCCUAACAAUGAUAAUGAAGUUAAUUUGCCGGACAAAGAACUGUAUGUAAGAUGGCUGCAACUAUCGACAUUCUUACCGGUUAUUAGAUUCACGCAUUUACCGAGCAAAUAUGACGACGAGAGUGUUCUGGAGAUGGCCAAGUCAUUGACUACUUUGAGGCAAAAAACAGUGACGCCUUUGUUGAAGAAGUAUGCCAAUGAAACGCUCAGCUCGGGACUGCCGAUCAUAAGGCCGCUGUGGAUGUUGGACCCAAUGGAUACCGCCUGCCAUGUUGUCGUUGAUGAAUUUUCCGUAGGAGAGGAGCUAAUUGUCGCACCAAUUUUGUACUCUGGGAGCAGGCAGAGAGAAGUUUAUCUGCCCUCGGGGGUCUGGAGGGAUGGAAUUGAUGGGAGUUUAAGAAAGGGUUCAAGAUGGAUUCAUAAUUAUCGGGUUGCUGAAGAUAAAAUUGCGUAUUUUGUUAAAAUGCCUGAUAAUAUUUUGUUUUGAAAUAAAAUUUUUUAGUUAA